UACAGGUAGAAUGAGAAACUAUUUGGUACUGGCUUGUGGGGGAGUAGCACAAAAGUGGCCUAUGGUGACAAAGGUAAAUCCAACGAUGGAUCAUAAAAGUGGACUUCUAACAUUUUAUUUCUUAUUCUGCCUUUUUUAGGUAUGGUUGGUAUCUUUUCCUAACAGGAGCCAACAUAUGGCCAUCAAAGUCAUCAAGAAGAGAGACAAGACCAACAUGUCCGACAUCAUCACUGAGGCCCGGGUACUGAAGACGGCUGCUGGAUGCCCCUACCUUUGCCAAGGUCAUGGAUCAUUCCAAACACAGCGGCAUGCUCUGCUCGCUAUGGAGUAUGUCAGUGGAGGGACCCUAAGAAAUGUCAUCAAGAAUGCCGGCCAGCUGGAGAAGGACUUAGUAACGUAAGUGACUUUAUGUGUUUGUAAUGGGGUAACAGAGCAGGAGCUGGCCUAGAGUACAUGCAGAAGGAAGGAUGGAAAGAGGUCAGCAUUCGGAAUCUUCACCCAACUGAUUUUCAUCUUUUGUUUUUGUAAAGGAAAUCAGCUAGGGAAUCUAUGUAUGUAAUAUAUCUGUAAUGGUACAACAAAUAAUA